UUGUAUAUAUUUCCUUGGAAUGCAGACCGGAUGAGCUGAUGCUAUCCAUCUGCUCUAACCCUCUAUCCCAGGUAUGCCUGGAUAGGUUUCUUGCAAGGGCUGUUCGUCUAUCCUCACGGCAAUUGGGGAGGCAAGCGGCUUGGAGGCCAAUUCGCACAUUUACGAGCCAUAGGCUACUGCUUGAAGAUCAGGUAGCAGGCCCAACUCAGCAAACCUCGCAGGCCAGAGUCAGUGAUAUCCAGAAGACCUGGCCAAAUCCAUAUCCACGGAUAAGCCGCAGCCCAUUGUCACUCACAUGUGCGGAAUUCCGAUCGAAUUAUGACGGUAUACGGCCGGAUGAGACGGUAGAUCAGGAUACUGUGGUAUUACAUGGGAGGAUACGCUCUCAACGGACUGCCGGGAAGAAGUUGGUAUUCUUUGACCUUGUGCAUAACGGGCACAAGGUGCAGGUACUCUGCAACCAACGUGUGGUGGGGGAAGCUGGAAUAUCCCCGGAGAAGUUUAAGGAGUUCUACCAUCUACUCCGCCGCGGUGACUCUUUCUCUGUGACCGGCAAACCACAUCGAACUAGCCGAGGAGAAUUAACUAUCAAGACGACUGAGCUCCCUAAGCUUAUAUCGCCGUGUCUGCACGAUGUGCCCGUUCACCAGAAGGAGCUUGAGAUAUCACCAUACGAGCGUCAUGUUGAAUUCCUCUCCAGUCCUAGUGCGGCCAACAUCCUUCGAGCUCGAUCACUGAUUACAAACUCCAUGAGAACCUUCUUUGCCAACAAGGACUUUGUAGAAGUUAGCACUCCGAUUCUUGCGUCAAAGUCAGGCGGUGCCAUUGCGCAACCAUUUGUCACAAGUGCCACUGAAUUUCCUGAGCGCCCGUUGUCACUCAGGAUCGCUCCUGAACUGUGGCUUAAACGACUAGUUGUUGGAGGGUUCGACAGGGUGUUUGAAAUCGGGCCAUCUUUCCGGAACGAGGGCCUUGACAAAACACAUAAUCCGGAAUUUACCACGUGUGAAUUCUACCAAGCCUUUGCCAAUCUUGAAUCACUGAUCGAGACCACAGAGUCACUACUUUCAACCCUGGCUUCGGAAGUCCAACAACUGAACGAGAAACUGAACAACUCACUAAACCCGACGACCGUGAGCUUUACAGGGCCAUAUCGACGGGUCGAUUUUAUCCCUGCGAUUGAAGAGGCCAUUGGUAGAAAAUUACCUGACCUGCAGUCCGAGAAUGCUCUAUCCCAGGUAAAGGAGAUUUUUGCUGACCUAUCACUCCCACUACCCGCUCACGAGUCUCUUCCCCGACUUCUCGACAAGCUCUGUUCAACCUAUGUGGAGUCGCAACUGGUUGAUCCUACUUUCAUCAUGAACCACCCCGAAUGCAUGUCACCGCUAUCCAAAUCAUACCGUCAUCCAGAUAAUGAGCAGGUUGUCUCUGCACGAGCCGAGCUGUUUGUGGAGGGUAAAGAGAUAAUGAACAUGUAUGAAGAAGAAAACUCCCCUUUCGAGCAGAGACGGAAGUUCCAGCACCAGUUGUCCUUCCGAGACCCUGAGAACGCUGGUGAGCUUGAUGAGGGAUACCUCGAAACACUCGAGUGGGGGUUACCGCCUACCGGUGGUUGGGGGUGUGGCAUCGACCGACUGUGUAUGUUGUUCACCGGUGCCCGACGGAUUAGUGAUGUGCUUAGCUUUGGCAACCUCCGGAGUGUGACAGCCACGUUUGAACCUGGGCCGGCUUCAAGGCAGUGACCAUGCAAGCUGCC